AUGAGUAAAAAUGCGCUUUCGGAUGAUGAGGAAGAAGAGCGGCAGGAAAGGGCCGAAAAAGAGCUUCAAUUGCACGAUUUUGGGCAACGAACGUCGCACCGAUCUGGAUCGCGCGAUAGAUCAAAUAGUCAAACCAAGACUAGUCGUGGAGUCGGAGAGGAGACCAAGACCAGACUUUUGAACCCAUAUGGUCUCAGUGCAUCAACCGUUCCCCCUUUCGCCUUGGAUGAGCAGCUUAAAGCGCACAGACGUCAGAGCACACAAAAUCAAGAUGGCUCAUCUCAAAAUAAACAGAAUGAACCAAAGCGACCACAAGACCUCUCGUCAUCGAAAGACCCAUUUUUAGUCUCUCACAAUGAGAAGUGGGACCAGUUUGUGGAAAACAUAGGCUCCAACGUUGCAUACUUGCAUAAGGCUGCGGAAGAUAUCGAUACCGGUUCUGCUGCAGCUGAAGGAGCGUCUAGUGACUUCUCGAAAAUGGAAACGACGUCUUCUUCUAGUGAGGAGCAACCAAAGCAUUCCGAAAAGAACUUUAAGAAAACAGCAUAUCGGACUACUACUUCGAAUUCAAAAGACAUUCUCGCAAACCUCGAUGACUCCUGGGGUGGCAGCGAAAGACUCAACGCGAUUUUCAACGGCCCACUAUUGGACAGCAACAAGUUUACCAACAACCAGGACCGUCAGGACUGGUCUGAGUAUCUGGAGUCGGUCAAGGCUUUCUACUAUCGUGACGGGGCAUUAGACAACCCUGAUCUCGAGGCUGGACUCCAAACGGAGGAAACCACGCCGAACGGCGACAACAACAAGCUGCAUGCGUUUUUGGAAAAACAAAAGCUGGACUUCAAGCAAAAACGCAAGCAUUGGAGACAGCUCGAGCGCCAAAAGAAACAGAAAUGGUUGCCCACGCUCCGCAAGUUAAUGUUGGACAAUCAAUAUUUGCCUCUUGGGUUCCGUAUGUCCAUCGUGAUCCUGAGCAUCAUAGCAUUGGGACUUGCCAUCCGAAUUUUCCAAAACUCAAACUCGCGGGUUGAAGUGAUCGGGAAUUCAAUCCCACAGCAGGCUAGUACGGUCAUGGCGAUAUGUGUUAACUCUAUCGCUGUGCUAUAUCUGUUCUACAUUUCGUACGAUGAGUUUUCAGGCAAACCGCUUGGUUUGAGGAACCCGUUUGGCAAACUACGACUGAUCCUGCUGGAUCUGCUUUUCAUCAUUUUUUCCAGUGCUAACCUUGCACUGACGUUCAACACGCUUUACGACAAACAAUGGGUGUGCACCACGGGCGAAUACACCAAAGAGCAACUACCUAAGAUCGACUACAUCUGCAGAAAACAAAGAGCGCUGGCAUCGUUUCUAUUCGUCAUGUUGUUUUUAUGGGUAACGACGUUUUCCCUAAGCAUUCUCAGAGUGGUCGAAAAAAUGAACUCGAGCUCGCCCAGAUAA